CAAAGAGAGAAGCUUGCAGUGUUGAGCAGGGCUAGGAGUGGGCAUUUUCAAGGCUGCAGUCUGGAAUCUGUGUCAAAGGGAACUAAGUGACGAUUAAUUCCUCAUGCAGCUUCUCGGCUUUCCCUACACCCAGCGCUGUCGCCUCACCAACAGCUCCGCGGUGCCGCUGACGUUCCAGCUCCGCAUGUCGGACGAUGGCACGCAGCCGGCUGUUGACAGCGUGGAUCAGAUCCGCAGGCACAGCGACCCAGCCUGGAGGAAGGGAAUCCAUUUCUAUGUGGAGCCCAGGGAGUUCACCGUGAAUCCCAGCCGAGGGACCAUCCUCCCCCAGGGACACCAGGACAUCGAGGUGACCCUGUGUUCCAACACGGUGAUGGAGUUCCGCCGGAGGAUGCUGGUGGACGUGGAGGGCAUUGGCAAGGGAGUGGCAACACUGACCAUCACAGCCAGAUGUCUCGUUCCUGAGCUCCAAGUGUCCCCCUAUGUGCUCCAGUACGAUGAGUGCCACCUGAAUGUGCCGUAUGAGAGGACGCUCGUCAUCAGGAAUCCCAGCCACCUUCCUGGCUGCUACGGGCUUAUUCCCCAGAAACGCAAGGAGGACUCUGCUGUGUUCUACUCCAGCCCCCAGCCCUGUGGGAUUGUGCAGCCCCAGAGCACAGCAGAGAUCCCAGUUGUGGUGGAGGUGCAGGCGCUGGGCGAGCAUCGCACCAACGUUCUCAUCGGCGUGUUCGGGGAUGAGAGAAACCCCCUGAGAGCACAAUUACAGAGCUCAGGACGGCUGGCAGAAACUUCCUGAAGCCCAAGGGUGACAGAGCUUGGCAGGAUCUCAGCACCACAGCCUGUAGAUGAGCUUCACCCACCAAAAUUCAAGCCCCAACCACCAAAGGAGCAGAGAAGCUGUUUGGACUCCUCGGCAUCUCGCUGGCGGCACUUCAAGAUAAGAAAGGAGGAGCCAGUCACAGCCCUGAGAGAAGAGCAGGAUCUUGCCCACUCUUCAGGAGCAGAGAAGGGAACUGAAGCAGCCAGCUCAAAAGCUUCAGGAGGAGGCAAAAGCAUUAGAGGAGGAAGAGAGGCUGAAGGAGGAAGAGAAGUGGAAGAAGGGAAAGAAGGGAG